AGAAACUGUAAAGUCAAUAAAACAUUCUGUGCUACCCGUACGAUCAAUCCUUGUGAAAACGAGGAAAGUUACAUUAAUGAUGGUUCUUUACUAUACAAACAUUACAUAAUCCUGACAGAACCUCGGAGUGGAUCAACGUUUUUUAGCAGUUUGUUGGAGCACAACCCACGUAUAAGACACUAUCAUGAACUCCUAACAAGAUCUACCUUAAAACGCAAUAAUAUAACAAUCCAAACUACAAACGAAGCAUUCAAAUACGUCAAUGCCAAAUUGAGUAAGAACUCUCAAAAACAUCACAACAGGAUUCAAACUUUUUUGUACUGAUGUAAAAACAUGGAACAUUUCCCAAGCUGAGUUCAUUGAUCUCCUGGACAGGCCGGCGAUCAUAAUUCUGUUUCGACGGAACAUUAUAGAACAAUUCACGAGCUGGAAGGUUGCAAUGCAAAACAAAGCUUGGAAUUCCGAAAUGAGUAUAAAACCCAAUAGUUCAGAACUCGUUUUCAAUAUUACGCAAUUUAAGGCAUUUGUCAUAGAGACAAAGAAACGAUGGAAGAACGCUUUGGAAAAAUUGAAAGGUUAUAAGGAUAAAUACGUUUUAACAUACGAGGAUUUGUCAUCAGAUGCAUUUACGGUUGUUCAAAGAGUCUAUGAUUUCUUAGGAUUUCAACAUUAUGACUCAAAACAAUUACAAGUAAAGUUCAUGAAGCAGGGAACGCAACCCUUGUCAAAGCGUAUUUCUAAUUAUGCAUCCG